AUGGAGUUUAGCUUGUUACAAGAUCUUCCGCUUGAGAUCAUUGUGGCAAUAUUGAUGGUCUUGCCCAUUGAUGCUUUGAUGUGCAUGAUGUGUGUAUCUAAGAAAUUUUUUUCUUUGAUAUCUUCAAGCGAAUUUAUCAAGCGCCAUCUUUUAGCAGCACUGAAAGAAGGUAAUAAGUUCAUGUUAUUUGAUCCUAAUUUUGUGUACGAUGAACCUCAAAAACCUUUCUAUCUACUUUCUUAUGAAAACCCUAUUAAUUUUUCAACCAUUAAGAGAAUCCCAAAUGUCAUUGAUAGUAACAGCUACCAGAUAGUUUCUGCUUCUGGGGGUUUAGUGUUUAUAAUCGAUACUGAUAGUUGUGGGGCCAUAAUCCAUUUAUGGAACCCAUUUAUUAGAAGAUCCUUGAGUCUUACAACAUCAACUAUUGGUUUAGAGAAAUUCACAUUCAAUGAUUCUAGGCAUUUGGCUCUUGGGUUUGGUUAUGUAUCUCAAAGGGAUGAUCAUAAGAUUGUCCGAAUCCUUUAUGUGGAGGAAGAGGAGAAUGGUUUUCUUAGCAGUGCAGCUGCCCAAAAAAAAAUUGCUAAUAAAGAAAACAUUGUUCCAUUCAUUGAGAUAUUUUCACUCAGAAGUAAUACAUGGGAAAAGAUUGAAUCAUCCAUUUUUCCAUGGUAUUUGUGUGACUCUAUCUCAAGGGCUUUUGUCAACAACUGUGUCCACUGGAUGGCAUCUCACGUGGAUGGCAAUAGCAAUAAUAGUGAGCCAGUGAUUCUUUCAUUCGAUCUUCUAAAUGAAGUGUUUAGAGAAAUAAAGUUGCCUGCUCAUUACAAUUUUGAAGAGUCCAAGAUGGUCGAGGUUACUGUUUACAAAGGUAAUCUUUCACUUCUAUUCGCGCAUAACCCUAGUCUUGGCAACCUACAACAUUGUUUGUUGUUUGUAAUGGAGGAAUACGGGAAUGAAGCAUCUUGGACAAAAGAGUUUGAUGUUAUGUUGGACGGGUUUGUCCAUUUUCCAUCAUUGAUUACUGCUAACAAUGAAAUCGCCAUCAUCCGCACAAAUGUUGACGAUGGAAAAUCAGAAUUAUAUUUGCAUAAUUUUUGUAACAAUGAGAGUAGAGCAUUUGGUGAUGAUCAGAUUGAGGUACCAGAAAAUGUGGACUUUUUGCCGAUGAUUGGGAGUUUGGUUCUUUUGAAUGCUAAGAAUGAAAACAUGGAAUUGCUACAAGGAAUUGACGAUGAUGAAAAGGAAAAAGAAGCUUUGGACAGUGCGUGA